CGACAUCAUUCGGGAGAAAAAAAAGAAAAAAAGAAAAAAAGAAAAAAGGUUUAGCUCCCUAGUGGAGACAACGAGAUGAGAUGAUCCCCACGCCCGAUACGUCGCACGUCGGCAAGGAGCCAGCGUACCGCAGCGUGUACGAGCCGGCGGAAGACACGUUUGCGCUCCUCGAUGCGCUCGAGGCGGACGCAGAGCGGAUCCGCGCGCGCGCGCCGCGGCUGUGCGUCGAAAUUGGCUGUGGCAGCGGCGUCGUCUCGGCAUUCUUCCAGGCCGUGCUCGAUGGCGAGGCUUCACCAUCGGCCGUGAAGAGAGGAGGGACGUCGGGCUGCCUCGUUGUCGCGCUCGACCAAAACGAGUCGGCGCUGCGCUGCACAGCGGAGACGGCCGCGCGCAACAGCUCGCGCAGCAGCAGCAGCCGCCUCAUUGAGCCCGUGCGGUCCAACAUGCUCUCUGCGCUGCACAGCCGCUUGGCGCAGAAGGCGAGCAUAGACGUGCUCCUCUUCAACCCGCCGUAUGUGCCCACGACGGACGAGGAGGAGGCGCAGGCCCAGUCCCAGCGCGGCAUCGCCAGCAGCUGGGCCGGCGGCGUGCUGGGCACCAGGCUCGUCGAUGAGCUCGUCUCGCCCGAUUCCGCUGACACAAAGGGCAAGAGCCUGCUCGAAGAGGUGCUUGCCCCCGGCGGCCUCUUCUACCUCGUCGCCAUUGCCCAAAACAACCCAGAGGGGCUCGUCGACCGGCUCAAGCAGUCGUCGCUGCUCGACGCUGAAAUCGUGCUCAAGAGGAGGGCAGGCCGCGAGCAUCUCUUUAUCAUCCGGGCCACCAAGAUCGGCACUUGACCUGGAACAGAGCUCUGUAGAAUUGUUCGUACUGUAUGGUACUGUAUGGUAGAGAAGAGAGAAGAGACUUGCUUGCGACAACAAAGUGG